UGAUUUGCUUUUCAAAACCAUUAGCUCAUGAUAUAAACUGCCAGAAGAUUUGUACAAAAAAUAUAAUUUAUGCAUUGAAAUUGAAUAGACGUUUUUAUAGUGAUACUUAGUUUCAAAUAAGCAGAGAAAAAAUCUACAAAAGUCUGAUCUGCAUAAACACAUAUGUGUUUAAAUGUUCUAAAAUUAUUUUUAACUAAGUAUUAAGUAAAAUUAAACAUUGUUCAUAAAAUGUUUACAAUAAUACAUCAUUUAUUUAUGUUUCACUAUAUGGAUAUAUAUGAAAUGAAACAAAUAACGAUUAUGUAUUAUAAAUUUCUGGAUUUUACUAACUGUUCUAAUCAAUAAUGAAUUUUGGAAAAACAUAGUAGUUGCUAAAAAUAAUAAGCAGAAAAAUAAUGAACGCAAUAGAAUUGUAUAAUGAAAAUUUUAAUGAAUCAAAAAAAUACAUGUUUUAUUUUUUUGCUAUGCACAGCUCAUCUAUUGUGAAUACAGAAGUUAAUAUUUCUGUUGUUUUCUUUAAUGCUUUCAUUAUUUAUUUUUUUAUAUAAGUUUUAAUAAGAAUAUGUAAUUACUUUACGCUCUAACUUUAAAAUGAAAUGUUGAUAAAAUUCGUGAACGUAAAUACGUGUAUUUAUACAUAAUGUAAAUAAAUACGAAAUGUACCAGAAUAGUUGAGUUAGAUUGUAUAUAACAUUGUAAUAAUAUUGUUUGUAAUAAAUUGACAUGUUAUAACAUUGCUUUAUCUUUACGAUAAAUAUUUUAAGUUCCCGGAGCUACGAAAGGAUCAAUUACGUUGUAUUCUUUUUUCUUUAUAUGUAUGUGUAUAAUUUUAGUUUACAUAUACAUGCGUGAUUUUUAUUUAAAUUGAAUGCAAUGUUUCAUUUGAUCAAUCGAUUAAAUGGAUCUUAUUUAUUUAUCUACUAACUAAUAUAUCUAUAAUUCGCAAUAUAUCACGAUUAGUUAAGAUGUUUCUUUAUGGCGUAUCUUGAUGUAUCGUUGCGUAGUUAUUUGUACGUCGAGUCUGUCUACGUAGUUUCUGUGAGUUGCGACAUUACAAAUAAUGACAAAAAUAAUAGAAUUACGUCCUGAUAGAUCUCUUUUAAAUCCACGUUUUGAAAAAUAUCAAUUCUCUCCAGACAUUGUUCCUGUGAAAUCUGAAAUAAGUUUGGAGAAUGAUGUAUUUAGGUUAGAAUUGAGUCCCGAUCAAGAAUCUUGGUUGGAGGUAAGAUUAUUUGCACUUCACAAUCAUUUAUUUAAAAAUCCUUAUGAUACAUCAUGUUGGUUUGUGGAUAAAGAAUAUAUAGUUUGGCGACUGAAUAAAAAUGGAUCUCUCCAAAAAAUAUAUAAAUUAUGUAUUUCUAAUGCCAAAUCAUCAAAAUCAUUAUACAAUCCAUCAAUUGGAUUUACUGUCAACAAUACUGUAGUAAUCUCUAAUGGAGGUAACAGCCUCCAUUUAUUAAAAGAAGAUAAAUCUGGCCAUGUUAAAGCAUUUCUAUUAGAAGAAGCAGAGCCUGGAGUUAUUUUAGAUGUCCAGUAUGUGCAAACUAAAUCUCAAAUUAUUGUUACAUUAUCAUCUGUUGCUGAUGAUAAUGGGAAAAAGUGUACAAAGCUUGUAUUAUUAUUUUAUACUUGGCAACAAUCUGACAAAAAUCAAGAAACUUUUCAUUUAUGUAACAAACAAGUAUUAAAGGUACGAGGUACCGUAGAAUAUGUAUUUAUAGAAGAAAAUGGUGACCAUUUACAUUCCAUUUGUCAAAAUAAUGUAACUUUUGAAUCUAACAAUCAGACAAUCACAGAAAGUAGUAUAACAGACAUAGGCGAUAGAGAACAUAUAAAAAUCCCUAAAUAUUGUUGGUCUCAAGAUGAAGAUUCACUCACAGUUUGGAUUAAAAUACCUGAGAAAUAUUAUCAAAGUCAGGCAAAAGUUAAUGUAAAAUCAACUGAAAUAUCAAUUACUGUAAAUGAUAAUGUUUUAAUACAAGGUGAAUGUCAACACAGAUUAGAUGAGAAACUUACAACUUGGAAACAUGAGAAGGAUACAUUACAAUUGGAUUUAGUAAAGUUUGAAAGUGGUUUAAUGUGGAAUGAGUUAAUUAAAGGUGAUACAGGGGGUGAAUGUUUGUCAAAUGAAUCAUUAGCAGCUGAAAUUCAUUCUAGAUUAGCCCAUUUAUGUUCUGAAAAUUUAGAUGCACCUUGUGGAGAAGGUCAACCAUAUUUAGGAUUUAAUUCUGAACAAUUGGAAGAAUGUGAUAUAGAAGGGAAAGACAACAUUCUGCAAAGAAUAAAUCUUAUAUCACAAAAAACAACACAUCUAGCUACUCUUGGAACAAACAAUCAUGUAUUAUUUACAUAUAAAAUGAAAUUUGGACAGGCAAUAUGUCUUAGACACGAUCAUGAUGGCUGUCUUUGGAUUACUGAUAUUGUAGAAGACAAUAUAUGGAAUAUAAAACAUACUACAACAUUCCCAGGUUUUGGGUAUGUUGAAGCAAGUAAAAGUAAUAAAAAAUUUUGUGUAUGUUCUCCAGAUGGUUCUUAUGUUGCCAUAAUAGAACAUACAAGACAUGUUUUUCUUUAUGAAAAACCUGAAAGUGGUUCUGAGAUAAGUAAACAAUGGAUUGUAGAUCUGGAAUGUGACUCUUCAUCUUCUAUCAUAAUGGGAGCAGUUGCUACAAAUAAAUACUUAAUAAUACUUACUAAAAACAAAUUGUAUCAUUUACAAAUUUAUCCAUAAAAUUUUAUACUUUUUACUAUGUUCUGUACAUAUUGAUAUUUUAUGUAUACAUAAACUAUGUAUAAAUCGUAUGCACGUAUGUGAAUAAACGUGUAUACACACGCGCGCGCGCGUGCGCGUAUACAAUAAAUAAUCUA